AUGUUUAUCCACUUCCGAAGUACAAAUCAGAGUUCGAUACCUUGCCUGGGAGCUGGCACUUCACCUGACGAUAGGAUGCAUUUUUGUCAGCCAUGGGCUUUCAGUGUUCAGGAAGAAGUGCAUCGCCUAAGGAGGGAGGUGGAUGAUAUGGCUGCAGAGAUUGCUAAGCUUAAAAGGCUUAUUACCUCGACCUCUAGUACAUGA